AUGAAACGAUGCAUUCGAUAUAGUGAAAGAUAUCUUUAUCAAUUAAUGGAACGAUCAGGAAUGCUAAAUCAAUGGUUUAUGGCAAAUAAUCCGGAUGAAGCGGGCCGUAAUUUUGCUCGCUUUUAUAAAAAUUUUUUCAAAACUAAAUUUGAUAUCUUCGAUUUACCUCAGGAAGAUAGUUUACGAUCUGAUAUUGGGAAUAUCAACAUAUCAUUUACAUGCAAUGAUUUAUGCCGAAAUAUUAUUUGGAAAUUAGAUGAAGCACUUACAAAGGAGAAAAAUGGCACACUUUUACUAAAUGUACCAUUUUUGGAUGAUGCUCAAAUACGCAUAAUCAAUGCUAAUUCAACAAAAUCAACAUUAACUAAUUGUCAAUUAGGGAUGUUUAUACCAGUCGGAAAAUGUAUUCAGCAAGGUGCGGAAGAAUACGAGGAGCAUAGCAAAUUGUGUACAUCUUGCCAAGGUGUAUAUAUGCUUGAUAAAAUGUGUUUUCCGCGAUUUAUCAAUGCGAUAAGAUGUGAAAGUCAAAUUCAAACAUCUGGAUGUAUUUUUGAUAAGAUUUCAACACAAGCUCAUGGUUCAUGUUAUAUGCGUACGCUUACGUUUAAAGUGUUACGUAAUGCAGGAAGUGAGGAAUGUCAAGAGUGGCACUAUGAAUACAUUCAAGUUCCAACAUCCUGCGAAUGUCAACUUGAUAUGGAAUCAUUACUGUUAAGUGCUGUGAAACCAUGA